AUGCCUACAGCGUGGCCCCAAGUUCCCACAGAGGAUAAAUACAUUCCCUCCCAACCCAGGCCAUCAAACGCCCCGGCUACAACCAAGUACGACCCAGUCCUUUUGUACUCUCGUCCAGGUUCAAGAGUCGCUUCUCGCUCCACUUCACCAACACCAGCAGACGGCCUUCGCAGCGGUGGCCUGUCCCCGCAGAACACGGGUGGUUCCACGACCGGUAUCCACUUUCCUUCCCCCAUGAUUCGGAAUAUGCCUAGCAUCUCGUCACUCACCAGUCAACACAUCUCAAGCCAUGGUACUCGCGACAGUCCUCUUUUGCCAGCUGUACCACCUUUACCGCCUCUGCCAACAUUCGCCGCCGCCGCCACCACCAGCGGACGUCCCCAACCACCCCCCAAGCCGUACCAGACAUACCCGCCAGCCCAUAAAGAGCUGCCAUGCGUGGCUAGUGCAGAGAUGGAGAGGCUCAGAGAGAUGGCCGAGGUAAAGAGCAUCGCUUCCUCUCCAGACCCAAUCGCAUCCUCUCCAGGCCCAAUCACAUGCCCUGUUGCGGCCGCGGCCCCCCCACUCACUGCGAUGACCCCGAACCGAGCAUCCCAGUUGCGCCCUUCGGCACCUUCCUUCCGCCCGUCCACCCCAACGGACACGGGUCCAACCUACCCACCGACACGCGUGUUCUCCUCUGGAGCUACCCAUCCCGGUCAACAGCCAUACUCCCCUCACACUCCCAGCGUUGGCUUCUACCCUGACUGGCUUCCCGCAGCGGAUUCGGAGCUGCUCCAGGGUGGUUCUCCACCACAAACAUCCGGGUUCCAGUCCUUCACUUCACCUUUCUCCCCGAGCCAGCAAGCCCAGCAGAAGGAGAUAAGCAGCCCCAGUCUUGAUGCUGCAGCUACCGCUCCUGCCAUCUACCAUCGACCCGGGGCUGCCAAGGAGGUUCUCUCGUCUACGGUCAACGUACCUGCGACAGCCGACUCCACUCCUCGCCCGUCCAAGAUUGUGGCUGUUAGCACAGCUUCCACAGCGACACCUACUCAAACCAUUGGGACUCGAGCCUCUGGCCUCCAAUCGAGGUUGCAUUCCGAAGUGGAAAACGUUAAGGACAUCCACCGUGGCGGCGGUGAAAUACUCCAAGAUUCCCUUCUACCCCAAGCCCAACCGUCCUCUCCCGCUUUCAGCGCCAGGCCCUCACCAGAAGGACCAAGGCUCAGCAGAAUCCCUGGUCUGGGCGGCCAGUCCAAAGCAGCUUCCACUGUAUCGUUGUCUCCACCAGAGGCGUUUGUGUCUCGACCACCGAGCACACAGCCCCCAGUUCCCCCAAAGCGCCGUUAUGGUACUUUUAUCCCAGAAGGUAUUCCGCUCAAGCGGUCCAACUCGCCAUCGCCAAGUAUCGCAAGUCUCUCUAGCAUAUCCAGUAUCUCCACCCUCCCAAGCCCACCACGGAGCAAGACUGCAGGUAUGACCAACCUCGAGUUCCUCCAGAUGAUUGCCAACAAGAAGCGCCGCAACGCUGCCAUCAAGGAAGCAGAUACAGUCUCACCAGUCGCCUCCCCAAGCACGAUCAUGUCCCAGGACGACGUCGGACAUGUCUCUUGUGGACCACCUACUGUCUAUCCGAUGGCCAACUCGUUCAGCAUGGUCACAUCCGCGGAAGGGUCCAAGCCUGUUCCUUUAACAAGUCUCCCGCCUCCCACCCCACCAAAGCGCGAGGCUCUGCUGCCGUCCAUUCCAACACCGACUUCCUCAACCCCGCUGGCUAGUUCGCGUAGGCAGGUUUCUCCCCGCCCCCCAACGGCUCCAGUUCCGCUUCGAGCCCAGUUGGCCCCAACUCCCUCGGAUUAUGAAACCCCCUCUCAAGGGGGGGCGGGCUCUAGGAGGGAGCAAGUCACGGAACCACCAGGUAUCAGUACGAAUGAUAUGGCCCAGGUCAACCCUCUUGCUACUACACCUUCCACUCAGAAUCCUCAAACUGCCGAUGACAAGGGGACGGACCACGCUGGGGAUGAAAGCGAAGACAGUGACAAGCAAGACUCUGCUUCGCCAGCCUGGAUUAGACCACUUGAGCUGGCAAGCAAGGCCACAUCGUCCACUCCACGAAAGGCGAUAUCUUGGUCGCCUCGGGCAACCCCCAAAUCGACUGUUCGCGACCGUGGCACCAUGUCUGAUCACCGCACGAAGCUUCCUUCGAUCUCGAUCAUUUCCAACCCUCUCACCUUUGUCACCACAAACGCGUCUCCUGUGCGUACCCCAAAGACUUCCCGCCCAACCUCCAUGAUCAGCCUCGACAAGGGAAGCCGUAAGGCUCUCGAGGAGAUACAACGUGUGCAAGACUUUCCCAUGGGAGUGCCCACGAGCGGCGGGGAGCAGAAUCUGGCUUCACUUGUCCCCGCGGGGCUUUCGUCAGCCAACAAGAAGCCUACCACAUUGUUGCAACACGUCAAAAAGGACAAUAUCAUCCGCGAGCGAGUUGUCUCGGCUCCAGGCCGGCAUCACAAGAUCCCCACCCUCAAUCCGAACGCCAAACCCUUUGUCGUUCGAGGCCACGCGCUCCAGGCCGCCACUAUCCCAACUUUUACCAACCCCAACUUGACCACCAAUCUCAAGGCGCCCACUUCACUGGCUCCUCCAUACGUUGUGCCUAUCCCCGGCAAACUUCCAUGCACACCGGUCAACAGUCCCAUGGUGACAUUGGUCAAGAAGGCUAGUUCCUCCACCAAGGCCGCUGGAGACGUUUUCGAGCCCCCAGGUGGCAUCCCUGUUCCUAUCUCGUCGAGCGGGUCUGUUGUUUCGGAGGAUCAUGAUCUAUCCUCGUUCCAGGUGUUGGGAACUGAGUCCGACCCGUUUGAGUUUGUCGAUCAGCUGUCUCACCCGAAUCGCUCCAUCGGCGCAGACGCUGUGGGUACCAAUCUGGAGCCACUCGGAGACCCCCUCGCUUUGGACGGCUUCAGACUGUUGGGUCGCCAAGUGGAGUUCAACGACAAGGGCAAUGGAAGCAAGAAGAGAACCAAGCGGUACCAUGUCAAGGAGGUGUCCGAGGCAAAAAAGGACUCGGCGCAGGGUCAGAAGCACACCUCGCAGAAUCCGCCUUCCAACGAAUCUCAGCCAUUCAACACCCCAGUUCCCCCGACACACGAGAACCAGCUGCGCGCCUCCUUGGACACAUACCGCCUCCUCGCCACUGGCGCUUCUGGUAUUCUCCAGGGCACUACGCUUCACAAUGCGCUCGACGCGUUCCGGGUAACUGCCGAGCUUCAGGCGGGAUACAACAGCAUGGUCGCCAACCAGUUGAAACUUGUCGACCUGCUCAAUAAAGGCGGAGCUGACGAUGACCCAAUCUAUGAGAUGCUCACACACGCCCUGGAAGCCAAUGGCGAACACCUCAACUCGCUCCACGAAACCCUCUCGCUUAUCAACCACCUCCGGAACCAGGAUGUCGAGACUGCUUGGGCGCAGCAUGGUGGUCGGCCCGAGGAGGUCGAGUCGGAUGUUUGA